UAAUGUAUUUUAUAUCAACAAUGGUCACUAGAUGUUAUCGCCUUAUCUCCAUUGAUUUUAAACGUUAAGCUCGAUAUUGUAGCGCUUAAUUUUUAUAGGAUUAUGUUGGUAUUAUAGUGAAAAGUUUUGAAAAUGUAAAAAUGAGUGGAGCACGCAGCGUGUCUCGUGUAAGGCCGUGGGAUUCAGAGAGCGCUAUAUUGAAGCAGUAUUACCGCGAAAAUGUGUUGUUUAUGUCAGCAGAGGGAGUUUUGAAAGUUGUGUCUGUUAUCCUAUGUCUAAUAUCGUCCGUGCUGCACCUAACGAGCGGCUCUUGCUCUGGCGCGCCGCGGCUGGUGUCGGCGGCGGCCGUGGUGGCGCUGCUGUCGGCGGCCACGCUCGCCUGCCUCUUCAGCGGGUCUGCGCUAUCCAUUACUAGUUAUGCUCCUACGGGAUGGUUGUUUACUCGUAAUAAUUGUAAAGUCUCAGCUAAUCAUAUAAGAUAUAUAAUAAUUUUUAUAGACUUAAAUGAAAUGUUACAGGAUAUAAUAAUAUCGACGGUGAUAGGCGCGACGCUGCUUGUGACGGGCAUCCUCAGCAUGGCCCUGUGCGAGAUGGAGCACCCCACUGACUACGUGCAGGGGCCCCUUACUAUUGUGAAUGCUGGCAUUGCAACAGCCAGUGGCAUUGUCACAUAUAUGUCAGUUAUCAAGAGAUGGGAUGCCGCAGAACGGUCUCGACAGCUUCAGCAGCCUCCUCCGACUGAAGAAGAUGUAUAAUUCAUGUUAGUUUAAACUAUUUAAAAAAUCUAAUAAAAUAAGUAUUAUUGAUUAAGAAGUUUUGGUGAAUCCUGAAUUUUUUUUUUGUUAUUGGUUAUAGGGAAGCGCUUGACCACAAUCUCGCCUGAUGUUAAGCUGAGAUGUGGUCUAAGAUGGAGCGCUCUUCCCUAGAAGGUACCUGUUCACUCUACGCUUGAAGAAUGUAUGUAUUACUAUGUAAAUAUUAUAAUUAUUAAUUAUAGUAUUUAAAUAGGAUUUUUUAGUUACUAGAAUAGGAGAUUAAAUGAAUACACAAUA